AUGCCAAAAGAGCGACAAGCUUCAGCUUUUGUCGAGGGUGGACGACAGAGCCGUAUCCUCCCGCUGCUACCGCACCACGGCGCCAUUCAAACUACCAAUCAUUGCAUCAAUCUCGCGACCAAUGCUCCCAGUGACGCUGCUUCCCCCAGGAAGAAGCGCGCCAGUCGUCCCAAGGUCCGAUCCGGCUGCAUCACCUGCAAGAUCAGGCGCGUCAAGUGCGACGAACGGAAACCCACGUGUUUCCGAUGCGAAAAAGCUGACUUCGAGUGCGACGGGUACGCAAAAGAGGACGCAGAAUCCAGACGCAGCGCUGAGCAACAGAGACUCAUCGUCGCGGCGCAAGAACCGCAAGCGAAUCCGCAGCUCCUCCCGCGGCCGAACGGCUCCGGGCGAGAACUUGUGGCUCCAUUACCCGUGUCACCACCGCUCGACCCUUCGACCCUGCGGAUUGAUCAGGAAGACGUCCACUACUUUGAUCUAUUCCGGCACCGGCUUGUACGUGAUCUGUGGGGAUCGGGCCACUCCGAUGCUUGGUCUAGGGUCGUGUUCCAGGAGAGUGCGAGAGAUCCAUGUGUCCAGGAAUCCCUCUUGGCUAUUGGCGCCAUCUCUCAAGCCCAGAUGCUUGAAGACAUGUCAAAAGAUCAACUGGACGCCAUUCCGUCGGCACUCCGCCCUUGGGGUACUAAAAUGACCCAGCCUGGGGGGCUUCUCAACCAUCACCACAGAUCGGCUUUGCUACAUCAUGGAAAGGCGGUCUCAAUUUACAGACAACGGAUUCAGGACCCAGUCUCGACUUCACCGAGAUCAGUCAUCAUCAUGACUCUGCUACUUGUAGGAUUCGAGUUCAUCUCGGGCAACAUGAAGAAUGUCGACACCCUGACGGGUACGGGCAUGCGUCUCCUAGAGAACAAGAUUUCGCUGACGCAGCGUCCGCCGCGUAAUCCAAACGGACACGGAGACGCCCCGCCGGACCCUUUGGGCGUGCGCGAUGACGAGAUGGAAGACAUUGAGCACCUCUUGCCAUGUCUUUCUCUCAUGAACGGCUUCACCCACUUCUUCAACUCACACCGCACCGCCAUGCCGAUGAUGAACAGCACCCCGAUCCUCGAGCUACCCCAGCCGGGUGUCACCGUUAUCUCGAAGCUCGAAGUCUUUUGGGGCCAGUUCUUCACCCGCGCAGUCGUGCACAUCAUGCGCUCGCUGCACCACCAGCUACACUACAAAUCGCGAGACAUGACACGGGCCGUGCUGGAACAGGCAACCUUUUUAUCAUAUAUACGAAGGUGGGAUUCCGUUUUGGACGUGUAUCUCAACGAUCCUUCACUCGAGGACGAGGGAAGGCGAAUUCUCCGAAAGAUUCAGAUCCAUCGCCUGUUGAUUCACAUCGUCAUUAGCUGCAGCCUCGACCAGACCGACAUGUGUUAUGACGCAUUCGAAGCGGACUUUAGGGAUCUUUUGAAUAGGAUAGUCACGUAUCUACGAGACCCGGGGCCCAUUUCAAAGGUCGGCUUCAACUUUAUGGAGGGCCUUUCAACCCCGCUCGCCACCAUCGUCGCCAAGUGCCGGAACCACGAGCUAAGGAUGCAAGCCGUUCAUCUCCUCAACAACAUGGCGUGGUGGGAAGGCGCCUGGGACGGGAAAGCGCACGUUAUCGGCAAGUCUGGCGUGGUGAUGCUGGAGGAGAGAGGAAUGGACGCCAACGGGUUCAUCCCUUCCGGGUCGAGGUGGGUUUGGAUGUCGGGGAAAUGGGACCUUGAGAAGCGGGAGCUCGUCGCCAUCGCCGUUGUCGUCGACCUCUACAAGCGCGACAGCCCCCUCGAUGUCAAGAUUGAGUCUACGAGCAACACAGCCAUUAAGGCAACCAUUACCAACACCGGUGCCCCGGACCUCAAGGUCCUGAAAGCUGCCGAAAAGGUCGAUUUCGAUGGUAUCUGUUUCCGCCUCGGCACCAACGGCCUCCCCGAGGAUGCCUUCGAGGUCAUCUCCGCCGGCCAAACCGUCUUCGACGACGCCGGAGGCAAGGUCGACAUCACCGCCAAGGGCACCCUCUCCUUUGCCGAGGCCGGCAGCACCAACAUCACCGGCACCGCCCCCUUCAGCUCCAACACCCUGAGCGUCGAGGUCGACGGCGCCGACGCCUCAAAGGUCCGCCGCGACUUCCACGAGAACGUCAAGCGCAUCGUAGUCCAGAGCGACUGCACCGGCGCCAAGCGCACCACCACCACCGCCGCCCUCUCCAACUGCCGCGCCCUCGCCGCCGCUGCCAAGAUGGUUGAGUAUUUCAAGUCCUGUUCCAGCGCCACCCGCACCACCGUCGCCGGUGUCUUUGCUAAGGUCGCCACAGAGUGCGGUAGCACCACCUCUGGUGUCUCCAAGCUGUACUGCACCGACAUCUACCCCGCCUGCUCUUCUGGCGUCAUUGCCUAUACCCUCCCGUCCGCGUCCUACAUGGUCAACUGCUGUUACUUCUUCAACAGCCUCACCGCGCUCUCCAGCACCAGCCACGCUCAGGACCGCGCAACCACUGCUUUAAGCCUUCCUUCACGAGGUUACCGACUUGACCCAGAUCAAAAGCACCGCCGACCAGAGAGCUCUUGCUAUGGAUACGGCUGCGUCCAGAGCCUGACCGCUGCUCAGAACCUGAACCACGCCGACAACUACUCGUGA